CCCGAGAUAUCUUUUUCCGUCUAUCCAGAUAUACUCUCCAGCAUUCUUUAACAAGAGAUUAUCUUGUUGAAUCACAUAACAGUGCAGGACUUUGGCCUCUGCUACCUCAGCAGGCUCAGGCCUAGUUGGCAUGUCUGUUUCCUUGACAACCUGGCUAGUUGGGCUCUGCUCCACAGACUGGAUACAAUAUGUCUGUUUCUGUGUGGUACUAUAACUAGAUGUUUCUUUUCCUGUUUUACAAUCAAAACGUUUAUGACCUAAUUUCCCACAUCUCCAGCAUGAAAUGUCUUUGGGUCCUGCAUAACUUGUUUUAUUUACUUUUCCCUCAGUAAACUCUGUAUGGGUGUGUGCCUUCUCAUGUGGGCUUCCCAAUGAGGGGCUGCCUCUCUUAUCGGUUUCUGAGGAACCUCUGAAAUGAUCUGCCGUGCCAUUGCCCACCAAACUGACUCAGUGGUUAUGUGUGCUGAGUAUCGCUUAGUUCCUGAGCAUCCGUAUCCAGUCCCUGUACUGGACUGUUUAACUGCUGUAAUAUAUUUUAUGAAAAAUGCAAAGGAAUAUGGAGUGGACGCCAGCCGCAUUGCCAUUGCUGGGGAGAGUAGUGGAGGCACUUUUACUGCAGCCAUUUGCCAAGAACUGGUGACCAGAGAGGACCUCCCAAGAGUGCGAGCUCAGGUCCUCAUUUACCCAUUCCUCCAAGGAUUGGACUUCAAUUUGCCAUCCUAUCAGCAAAACCAUUCAGUUCCUCCUAUGUUCCGGAAAAGAACUGUCAAAGUUGGUUUGACAUAUCUCACUGGGAAGACAAUGAAUGUAGAUGGAGUUCUGAAAGGCGCCCAUGUCCCUCCUGAUUUGAGAGAGAAAUACCAAAAAUGGAUCAAUGCUGAUAACAUUCCAGAAGAAUUUAAAGCUAGGGGCUAUGUUCCUGUAGCACCUGCUCCAUUUUUAGAAGAACUUUAUGAACAAGUUAAAAGAGGUACUGAGACAAUGUUUGUCCCCCUUCUAGCAGAGGAUGACAUAAUCCGCCAGCUCCCGGAGACUUUCAUUCUAACCUGUGAAUAUGAUGGAUUCCGGGACGAUGGGCUGUUGUACAAGAAGCGGCUAGAGGACAAUGGUGUGCCAGUGACAUGGUAUCAUGUUCAAGAUGGAUACCACGGAAUAAUGGCCUUGGCUGGUUGGGGGCCACUUGCAUUCCUGAACACACAGAAAUGUUUGCAGAGUGUAAUACAGUUCUUAAAAGGUUUAUAGAAAUGGAUGACCUUGUAGGAGUGCAAAUAUCCAGAGUGUGGGGUCAGGUGGGACUACUAUGAGGAAAUAUAAAAUAUGCAUCAAGUCAUUGUGUCCAUGAUGAAUGCAUUGUGUUGACUGGGUUUAAUUCAUUGACAAUAAUUUCUGACCAAAUCCCACAACCCUCUGCAUCUCUGGCCAUUUCCUCUACUGCCCAUCUCUCUUGCUUGACAAGUCAAUUACACAGCCUGGGUCGAAUGUAAAUUCCAUGCCACCUUCUUUGGUGGACCAAUGCCUGCAAGGGGCUCAGACCACAGUGCAAAAAUUGACUAUUCCAAAUAUGGCAGAAGGAAGCAGUGAAGAAAAAACAGCUGACACCUUACCAUUAUUAGCAGUCUGUCCUGUUGUUCAGAAUGCACAGGAACAGAGAGCCCAUGAAUCAUUGCCCUUUGCAGUUUUUAAAAAAUUGAAGUGAAGUGUGACAGAAAAUGGCUUGCAUGGUAUUCUUGAUGGGCUAAGAGCAGCCAGUACUUUAAUUCCAAAACUUGACGCCUCUGAAGUUUCAAUGAAACAAUUGGCUUAUGAAAAUGAAAAUGCUGAUUGCAAGACUGCUCUUAAAGCAAUGUACCAGAAGCCAGAAACAGAUGUUGCUCAAAUGAGUAAGCCUUGCCAGAAUAGUGACACUGAGACUCACAAAUCUGCCCUCCUAGCAGCAGCUUUGUCUCCUUCAGUGCAUCCUGCUAAAGACAGGCAAUGCCACAAUGGAUGGCCUUCCAGCCUGAGAUUAAAUGGGAAAACAAAGACUGUUGUGCCAGCUGAUUGUCAGUCUUUUACUGAAGCUAAAUUAGCAGAGCCAGCUAUUGCUUCUAACACAGUUGCUUUGAACACACAGUCUCCUGUGACAAAUCUGCGCCAUGCCACUAAGGGCAGUGCUGGUUUGAAUCUACUGACAGCAGAACUUGCUACUUUUCAGUUCCAGUUCCCUAUGGUGGUGUAUACAAUUAAGACAUAGCACACAGGUCUGAUUCCACCUCAAACAGUGAGACUCAUUCUUAAUCGCUUUUUGCAGACUGUUUUUUCUCCUUUCCUCCCUGACUUAAAAUUCCUAAUGAAUUUACUUUACAGCAGUUGCAGAGUUUUGGGGUCGCUUCAUACGCGUGAUUCUUUUAAUACAAUGCUUUCACCUACAGGAUUACUUUUUCCCCAGACACUGCUGACAGAAUAGUGAUUUUAGAGUGGCUACACUCUGAAUUGCCUAACACUGGAUUUGAUAUUGCUGCUUGUUAUUUGCUUUUUUCUAAACAGGAUCACGAGUCCCUAAUGAGUUCUUUUCUUUCCUAUCUGUUUGCAUUUACUGAUUAACUUGGGAUAGUUUAUUUUAACCCUCCUAAAGAUUCAUGCCUAGUAUAAUUCAACAGGUACCCUGAAAAUUGGUUUCUGUCCAAAAACAGAUUCCUAGUCAACACCUCUAGAGUGUUUUAACGUAUAAGGAUUCUGAAAAUAACUAGCAUUUUUUUUUUGCAGCUAAUCAGAAAACUGACAGAGACCAGCCUACACUUCCACUGCAUUUUGUGAUUUUUGUGUGAAGUGGGAUAUCUUUUUAUCACAUUUGGCUAAUUCCUAUCUUUCUCCUAUGCUAGAUUUUAAUCUACUCUUUGAUCUUGACACUGAAAUAUCUCUUAAUGCAUAGAACUAUGCCUUUCUAUGCUGCUCCCAUUUUGCUCCCAUACAGAAUUCAAGGGUAUAAUUUCAGAAGGAAAUCAACAUGCUGAUUCUUCUCCGAAAUCCUUCUGUCCAUUAUUUUCUAAUCCAAUUGACAGCCAUGCAUUUUUACACCAGGGAGCUAAACAGCUGAUUUUAAACUAUUUUUUCAUUCCUCUGACACAAGCUAAGGAUAUUGUUGAUGGAUGUCCUUCCUGCGCUUUAACUUCUGUUAACUUUACCUUAAAUUAACUGUUUCCUUUCCUAAUAAAUUUUCUCCUAUGGAUCGCCAUUGUAGGGAAGAGGCACCUCUGGAAUGCCCUCUGGUGAUGUACCAGCAGCUCCCCAACCCGAAGUGAGAGGGACCUGUUCCUUUGCUUACCUAGGGGCAGGGAUGCCCUACUGUUCUUACUUUCUCAGGUCCUGUGUGGAUUCCAGGUCACUGUAUCCAUCCCUAUUGGCCAAGACAUGAGCUGGCACCAAGGCCUGCAGAAUCCCCUUCCAGACUUUGCAAGGACCAUGACCCUGACUCCGCAUCUACAGGCUCAGCAGCCCCAUGCGAAAGUCCAUUGCACCCAUCCUCAUCCUUGAAAGGCUGAGGGAUGCCCGGAGGUGACAUGGGGAAUGCUGAAGACCUUGACCUCUGAUGCCAAGACACAAUUUCAGCAUUAUGAUGUUCCAACGGAAUCAGAGACCUUUUUAGUAGCUCUAAUUACUCAGCUACGUAUGAACCCUAUGCUGAUUUUAACAUGUAUAUUAUUUGUUUUCUUGAUACCUACUACUCACUGUAUCUAUCUUCCUCCUGACACUUCUUCUAGUCAUAGCUAUAAUAUGUGGAUGCAUUUAGCUGAAGUUGCUAAUGUCUCUCAUUUUUGUCUGAGUGAAACAUAUGAUAUGCACACUGCCUUAGGAAAUUGUAUAAUCCCAGUUUGCACACAGCCUUUCAUAUGGCACAUGCCACACACAUGGGAAAGUGG